AUGAAGCUGUCACAGUCGAUUCAGAUCUCCGCCUUGCUGGCUGGAAUCGCCUCCGCCUUCCCCAGCCCCCCGGCACUCACCGAAACUAUCAUGCUCUCCAACGGCACCAUGACAGUGGCUGUCGAGGUCGAGUCCAGCGAGGUCCGGGAUGAGCGUGCCAUUCUCUGCCGCUCAUCGACCACCGGAGGAGCGAAGAGCGGUGUCUGCUCUGGCAACUGUGGCAUCUUUGUCCAGAACGGUGGCUGCUCUAGGUCUGGAGCGGAUCUUCGCAAUGGCUACAAUGCCGUUCGGAGUGGUGGUUGCCAGGCAUGCGGUUCAUUCCAUGAUGACGGCGGCUGCUUGAUCACUGUCAAUUUUGUCACCGGAUGCUAA